AUGAAAAAUGAAGAGCAUAAAUAUAAGGCUUUAAGAACAUUCAAAAAAUGUUUCAGAAUACAUAUUGGAUUAAUCACGGAACCUUGUGUCAGAAUUUGUUGUAAUGAUUACAAAACUUGCAAGGAUGAUUAUUUGAGAGAAAACUUCAAUAAAAGUUAUUCAGAAAAAAUAGAAAAUGUUUACGAUUUUGAUGAAACUCCUAGGCAAUUACAUGUUUUACAUGGACGUCCAUUGUGCGCAACUGAAAUUUCUAAAGACGAUUGGGAUUUUGCACAUUAUGAUGGUGGAAUAGUGAAUGGACGUCAAUUUUAUGACAAUGAUAAAUAUUGCUUUGAAGAUGUGAAAGUCGAUGGGGAAGUUCAAUGGAAUUUAUACAUUUGUGCAUCAAAUAUUAAACUUCAAAAAGUUGUUCAAACCAUUCUUUCAAGUAUCUCGACCUUGACUUCCAUAACAGUUGUUAUCAUUUAUUUUGCCAUAAAAAGCUUCCGAACACUUCAUGGAAAAAUUGUUAUGAUGUUCUGUUUUGCAAUGACUCUCAGUUACUUCUUUUAUGCAUUACAAGUUACUAAGGCUUUUUCUUAUUACACAUCAAUUUUUUUAUAUGGUUUCUUCAUUAAUUAUGCAUUUCAAUGGACAAGCAUUAUGGCAUUUGAUAUUUGGUUUACACUUAGGUUUGUUAAUGUUUCGAUUUCGAACUUGCUUAUGUAUUAUCUUAAUAUGUUUUUCUUGAAGGAAAAAUUGUUUGGCUUUUCAGUCAGUUAUUAUUAUUUGUGCUUUUUAUAUUUGAGCAACGUUUCGAUGACUAUUUUGCCAUCCUCAUCAGGCUUCUACAAUAUU